AGAACAAGGGAUUUAAAAUAACAUUACAAAAAGCAAGAAGAAAAGUAGGAAGAAAGUUGAACAAUAUGGUCCUUUCUUUCCAUGAUGAUCUAACCACCACUGUUCGUUCUCCUUGGUGACCAAAGGAAUUGAAGAAGAAGAAGAAUAUGGCUCUCUCUGUUGUAUCUUGUGUUGCACAAUACCUUGGUGGCCUGCUAAUGCAAGAGGCAGAACUCUUAGGUGGGGUUUCAGAUCAGAUUGUGAAGAUCCGAAAUGAAAUGACUCGGAUACAAGCCUACUUAAUAGAUGCAGAUGCAAGACAGGAUGAAAGCGCAGUUGGUCGUAAUAGGGUUUCAGAAAUGAGAGACCUUGCAUACGAUGUGGAAGAUGCCAUAGACACCUAUAUUCUGGAAGCUAAGUAUAAAAGCUUCUUCAAUCCAAAGAAAUAUGUACGACUUCACAAAAUUGGGAAGGAGAUCAAAGGUCUUGAAGCCAAGAUAAUGGACAUCACUCGUAGUGUAGCAACUUACAGUACAAGCCACGGAGAAGGAAGGAGCUCUACAAGGGAGACGCGGCAACAGUUGAGACAAUCCUAUCCACAUUUUGACGAUGAAGAUGUUAUCGGCAUAGACAACGACAUUAAGGUAUUGGUUGCAGAGUUGAUCAAUAAGGAAGGCCCCCGUCUGGUUUCCAUUGCUGGGAUGGGGGGAUUGGGUAAAACUACCCUUGCCAAAAAGAUUUACAAUCAUGAUCAAGUGAAGCGUCAUUUUGAUUGUCGUGCUUGGAGUUUUAUUUCCCAACAAUUCCAAGGAAGAACCAUUUUGCAAGAAAUCAUAAGGAAAGUUUCCAAUCCAAAUGAAGAAACGAGACUUGAGACUUUGAAUGAUGGAGAAUUGAAGGAGAAGCUUUACAAGGUAUUGGAAGACAAGUGCUAUCUGGUGGUCCUUGACGAUAUAUGGAGCACAGUGGCUUGGGAUGUUCUAAAACCCGCAUUUCCGAAAAGAAAGAUGGGAAGCAAAAUAAUGGUCACCACUAGGAUCAAAGAUGUUGCUCUUCAUGUAGAUUCGUUGGGCUAUCUUUACGAACCUGUGUGCUUGACAGAGGAACAGAGUUGGGAAUUAUUCAGUAAAAAAGCAUUUAUUUCCCCUUCCAAGAAUAUUGUUGCUUCAACUACUUCUUAUUCUUCAUUCCCUCAAGAUGUAGAUGUAGAGAAAAUGGAGAAGUUGGGAAGGGAGAUGAUGAAAAAAUGUAGAGGUCUGCCUCUGGCAAUUGUUGUACUUGGAGGCAUGCUGGCAGCGAAGAAAUCAAUUCAUGAAUGGGAGAUGGUGGGUAGAGACAUUGGCAGGUAUUUGAACAAAGCUGAAAAGUUGCAAGAACAAGAAGCAGCAGGUGGUGGUGGUGUUUCAUGGAUAUUGUCACUAAGCUACCAUAAUUUACCUUCUUACUUGAAGCCAUGCUUUCUGUACCUCGGCAUCUACCCAGAGGAUACCGAAGUCCAUAAAAGACACUUAAUCCAAAAAUGGAUCGCAGAAGGUUUUGUGCAAGGAACAACGUUAACAAAGGAGGAGAUAGGAGAAGAAUACUUCGUUGAGUUGAUUAACAGGUCAAUGGUUCAAGUGGCGGGCGAAAGGAGCUUCGGUGGAAAAGUUAAAAAAUGCCGGUUGCAUGACUUAAUGCGAGAUUUAUGCUUGUUGAAGGCAAAAGAAGAGAAUUUCCUGUGUACAUUUGAUAAUUCUUCCACUUCCACUUCCACUUCCACUUGUUUGGUGGAAUCAUCAUCAAUUUCUAAUUACUAUCUAAUAAUGCGGAGACAUGCCAUCCACUUCAGUUGUGACAGCUAUUGCAGGUAUGUUUCCAUGCAACAACCCACGUCAAGAAGUAGAAGAAGUCCACAUCUUCGUGCCUUCUCCUUAUGGAUGACAUCAAAUCCAGAUGAAUCCAUUGGGACAUUAAAGUUUGUUUGCAAGAGAUUCAAUUUUCUUAGGGUCCUAGAGCUUGAGGAUGUCAAGAUUGAUAGCUUGCCAAGAGCCAUAGGGGAGUUGAUUCACUUGAGAUAUUUGAAGUUGUUCCGUGAGUACGAUAGUAUGGAGGUUCCAGUGAGUAUAGGUAAUUUACGGAGCCUACAAUUCCUUAUACUCAGAGGCAUUGAAAGAUUACCGAACGUGCUAUGGAAGAUGGAACAAUUGACUUACUGUUAUUGUUAUGUCUACUCUGGUACGCACAAUAACAAACCUUUGCGAGUGGAUGGACUGAAGAAUCUCUCGACUAUGAUCCUUAUUGGGAGGAGAUAUAUGAUGUCGGAUGGUUUGACAAAUUUGACAAAUCUUCGAUCAUUGACUCUUUCUAGUCAUGGAAAUUUUGACUGGACAACACUUUUUCAUUGCCGUAGCCUAUGGAAGCUGUGUCUGUAUGGGGAAAUAGCGCAAUUACCAAAGUCGGAUGAAUUCCCACCUAAUCUAACAAAGCUAAGGUUGAAUGGUGAAGACUUGAAAGAAGAUCCAUUUCCAACAUUAGAAAUGUUACCCAACUUGGAAUGUCUCAUGUUACAUUUAGGUCCCAGAAUCAUCAAAUAUUAUUUCUCCACAAAGGGGUUUGGAAGACUUCAAUACCUACAACUUCAUUAUAUAGAUGGUUUGGAGGAAUUGGAAGUGGAGAAGGGAGCACUGCCAUGUCUUGUCGGACUACAAAUCCAUAGUUGCUUCUGUUUAAGAAAGCUUCCUGAAGAAAUAAAAUUCAUCACUGGCCUCAAGAAAUUGGAGGUAAUAGAGAUGCCAGAUGGGUUCAACGAAAGGCUUCAAAAAGAUGUAGGGGAUGAUUGGCACAAAAUCCAACACAUACCCUCCAUCAUAAUACGAUGAUCCAUCAUUAUGCACUUGUUGUCUUCUCUUCAUCUGGCUACAUCAUCAUCAUCAACAAACAAGCAAUUAAAGUUCCAUCAUAUAAUAUCAUCAACAAUUGCGAUUUGAUGGUGGCAGCAAUUGUUCAUAUGUUGAGGGAAAAUUGAAUGUUGAAUCGAUGAUGGCAUGGAUUUGUACUUGAGAAUAGACAACUGAGAUCUCUUUAAUUCUUGGAUUCAUAUAAUUAAUGAUGUUUCUUACUUUUAUAUUACUGCAUCUGUUAUUAUAUGUAGUCUGUACUGUUCUAUAAAUCAGAACCAUGACUCAAGUUUCUUUUC